AUGAAUUUCUUCAUCACUGGCUUUCUCAUAUUCUGUAUCAAAUAUCAUCUUGCAGCAUCAGGCCCAAUGUACGGAGAAUAUGUUAGAUUAGCUUAUUCUGAAGAAUUUCCUUAUGUUGUAUCAAUUAAACGAUUUAAUAAUACGAAUCCUGAACCAGAAACUGAUCAUAUUUGCACAGGCGUUCUCGUUUCACAUAAACAUGUUUUAACCAUUGAAAAUUGUUUCGACUAUUUAGAAAAUUAUACGACCGAAGUACUUAUUGGCAGACAAAAUAUAAGGUUGUGUAAAAAAUAUUACGUCGCUUGGUGGAUGUCAUAUACUGCGUGGGCUACGCUGCGUAAUAUAAAGCCAGAAUUUCUAAAAAAUGACAUUACAAUUAUAAAGUUAAAGCAGACUGUACCUACAACUAUAACUCCAGCUACUCUAUCAUCAAUGACGAGUAAAGAUUUAUAUAGAUCAACAGUUGAAAUAGCAGGAUUCGGUAUGACUGCAGAAGAUCGCAUGACCAGUUACAUGGAAACUGUCACAGUGUCAAUUAUAUCCCAACGUGAAUGCGAAGAAAGAAUAGAAAAGAUUGGACAAAAUAAAUGUGAACUUAAUAAAAAAUAUUUGUGUGGUGUUGGAGAUCCAGUUGCAUUAAUGAGUAAUGGUAACAGCGGCUCUGCAGUCUUAUACAAUGGGCAGUUAGUAGGUAUUCAUAAAGGAACGUGUCCUGUUCACGAAAUUAUGUAUCAUCCAGAAAAAAUAAAUCUUUUUCUAUCUAUAUCCUACUAUCAAGAAUAUAUUGUAGACGUUAUUUCUAAUUUUUAA